AUGUCGUUACCACUAAGACGAGGUUUGGAGAAUACUACCUCUAUUGACCGAAUUAUUGAGGAUUUAUUGGUUCGAUUUAUUAUUAAUUGUCCGCCAGAAGAUUUAUCUAGUGUAGAAAGAGAAUUAUUUCAUUUCGAAGAAGCAUCAUGGUUCUAUACAGAUUUCAUUAAAUUGAUGAACCCUAAUUUACCAAAAUUAAAAAUUAAACAGUUAUCCCAAUUGUUUAUUAAGUUAUGUCCAUUAGUUUGGAAAUGGAAAGAUAUUAAAGUCGAUCAAGCUUUAUCGAAAUUUUCUAAGUAUAAGAAGACUAUUCCAGUAAGAGGCGCUGCUAUCUUUAAUAAAAACAUGACUAAGAUUCUAUUAGUGAAAGGUACAGAAAGUGAUUCUUGGUCAUUUCCUCGUGGGAAAAUUUCAAAGGAUGAAGAUGAUAUCAAUUGCUGUAUCCGUGAGGUGAAAGAAGAAAUCGGAUUCGAUUUAACUGAUCAUAUUGAUGAAGAUCAAUUCAUUGAAAGAAAUAUAUCUGGUAAAAAUUAUAAGAUUUUUUUAAUCAGUAAUAUUCCUGAAGAUACUGUAUUUAAACCAUUAGUGAGAAAUGAAAUUGAAAAGAUCCAAUGGAUGGAUUUCAAAAAGGUGUCUAAGUCAUUGUUUAAAAAUACAACACAUAAAUAUAAGUUUUAUUUGAUUAAUUCAAUGAUUAGACCAUUAUCUAUGUGGGUUAGACAUCAAAGACAAUUUAAAAAUGAAACUCAAUUAAAAUCUCAGGCAGAAGAACAAUUAAAAUUAUUGCUUGGUAUUACAAAGGAAGAGCAAGUUGAUCCAGGUCGUGAUUUACUAAAUAUGUUACAAUUUAAUGCAAAUCAUGGAUCAAUGAAUUCAGAAAAUAUGUCUCAGAAUGUACCGAUUACUUUAUCAGGGAACACUAUGAAUAAUAUCGCACAAUUGCCACCAUUUAUGAAUACAGGUUUACAAAUCCCAAUGCAACAAUUCCCCCCUCAACAACCACAGCAACAUCCUGGCCAAUUAUCUCCUCAGAGAAAUCAAGGUGUAAUGCCACAAGGUUUCCAACCGUUUGCACCAUUCCCAUUUGUUAAUAACACAAAACUAAAUAAUAAUAACAAUUUACCACAUUUUAAUCAAAUGAUGCCACAAUCGUUAUUACCUCAAGGUAUGGGAAUGCAAGCACCACGUCAAAUGACCCCACAACAAGUUAAUGUCCCAUUAUUGCAUCCACAACAACCAACAGAACAAGAAAUUCCAAGUGCAAAUUCAUUGUCUAAACCAUCUUUCGCCCCAUCGUCUAAUGAUAAUUCAAGAAUUUUGCUAAAUGUAUUAAAUUCAGCACCUCAAGAACCUGACCAUAGGGGAAUCUUUAAUAGAGUACAGCAACCACAAGGAUUACAUACAAAUGACUCUAAAUUUGGCAAUUCGGAUUCCACUACAUUGUUAAAUAUUUUGCAUAGAAAACCUGCUCGUUCUGUUUCACCAAGUAUUGUGAGUAGAACUCUGAGUAACGUCACUAGUGAAUCAACUAAUCCAGAUCUACCUUCACCAUCAUUUAGUUCUCCUGAUAUAAAGAGAAUGUCUAAAACGGCAUCCUCAGAUGAAUUAGAUUAUACUGACUUCGAAGCCAGCACAGACUCAGAAGUUGAGGAGGAUUUGGAGGAACUCGAGAAUGAAUCUAAUGGAUCUGCAUCAUUCGUUGAUAAAACAAUUUUAGAAGAGAAUAACAUGGAACAAGGUGAAAUUCCUCAUUCUGAUAAUAGAUCAGACUCAGUCGCAUCAGUCAUCGAUGAAGCUCUACGAGCACCAAGUCCAUUCUCUCAAAAGUCUCUUGUUAAUCAAACAAAACCAUCUGAACAAGUUUUAAAGCCAAAGAAAUUUAAGAUUUUAAAAAGAGGUGAAUCAAUUCCUCCUGUAAACAAUCAAAUUGAGCCAAAAAUUGAUGAUGGAACCUCGCUAUUAAAUAUGCUAAGGAAGCCAACUCAUUCUGAUGACCCUACAAACCAAAAUGAGAAUGCUUCAUCUGAUCAUUAUAACAGUGGAAAAUCCCUACUAGAUAUCUUAAAAAAACCAUCUGUUAUCAACGACAAUAAUGAAUCAUCUGAGAAGGCCCAAAGACGCGAGAGCAAUGUCGAUUCAACUAAUAAUGAAUUGAUGAAUAUGCUACGUAAGAAUUCCAAUCAACAUGAAGUAGAAAGUAAGAAUAUGACUUCAGAAUCAAGCCAACAUCAAACUUCAAAUCACGAUUUACUUAACAUAUUAAAAGCUAAACCCACAAAUAUAUCUAAUAUAAGUGACAUAUCACCAACCAAUAGUACUAUGCAUGUAAAUAUGCAACCAAAUAGUGAACCAGCUAAUAGCCCUGAUCUUUUAGCGAUGUUGCAGAAGAAUAUUAGUACAGGUAUGGCUCCUAAGUUGCACGAUUCAAAUUUUCAAUCAAAUCUUGUUGAAAAUUCCAAUGGUUCAUUUCCUCCUCCAUUUGGUGUUCUCCCAAUAGAAAAUUCAACAAUGGAACCUGUCUCAAUGAAUCAAAAAAUCGAGAAUACAAGUAAUGAAUUACUGGAUAUGUUAAAGAGAAAUACCAUUAGUGAUCAAUCUCCACCUAUUCACGAUUCUCAAAUACCUAAUGUUGGUAUGACUUCAAAUCAAGGUCAAGAUUUAUUAAAUAUGUUGAGAGGCCCUAGAAUGAAUAGGGCACCUGUGGCUCAUCAAAAUCCUUCCCUUGAAUUUGACGGUACUAGUUUUAAUAAAUCCCCAAUUCUUGGAAUGGGAGCCAGUCAUGGAAUGAAUGAUACUAAUAAUGAAUUGUUAGCAAUGCUUCAAAAGGGAUCAAAUCAAAAUUCCCAAGGUAGUAACGUUUCAGAGGGAGGCAAUGCAAGUGCAUCUGCCCAAUUAUUAAAUAUGCUGCAUAAAUAA